AUGGCGUUCCCUUACAUCGACACGCCGCGCACCGAAAUCGACGGAAACGCGACUUACUUGACCAACGGGUUUCGAAGCGUGGGAAGAACGCAUCUUUCGGCGUUGGACUCGGUGGAAAACUCAUUCCACACACCUUCCAAGGAUAACGACGUGAUCAAGGGCUUCGGCGAUGGACGAAGACGCACAUCCGGGACCUCUAAGGUCGGCACCCCACGCGCGGGCACAGCACAGCGGUCAACCAGAACUGCCUUGAGGCACCUCCCAACCGCAGCACCGGCUAGCGGGGAGUUUACACCUUUGAUGAAGAGCGCGACCAAGAACAAUUUCCUACGGAACGUGUCGACAACCCGAGGAGCAGACGAUCCGAGGACGCCUGGUUUCCUGCGAGGUGGCAAUCGCAGCAGUGCCCACACCCCUGGAUUACCUGCGAUGGAUAUGUCGGAUAUAUACGAAGAAGAUAUUACUACCGAUGAUCCGACGCCUCUUCCUCAGGUUGCUAGCAGCAGCGCACAGAGCACUCCGAUGCCCGGUCUCAUAGGACGUGACGGCAAGGGUAUUUUGGGUGACGGUCAAAAUAUGACGCUCAAGGAGCAAGAGCGGAUUAUCGAUAGGCUCGACAAAGACAACUGGAACCUCAAGCUCAAGAUCCACUAUUUGGAAGAGCAGAUCGAGAAGGCCGGACCAGAAUACAAUACGUUAGCACUCAAGGAAAACACCGAGCUCAAGGUCGCAAGGUUGACCAUGCAACGCGAUAUCUCCCGGUACAAGAAGAGUUUGCUUCAGGCGGAACAUGAUUUGGAGGACUAUCGACAACAACUCGUGGAGAUGAAAGAACGAGCUCGGCGGAAGCAAACCGAUGAGGAGGUGCAACGUGAGAUGGACGCCAUGCGGGAGGAAAUUGAUUCUAGGGACAAUGAACUCCGAGAACUUCGAGAAGAGCUAAGAUUGUCCAAAGAUGAAAAAUCCCAGGAGGCCGAAAAGCUGCGCGACGAGGUGGAAGAUCUGGAAGCGUCACUUCGAGAGAAGGAACGGGCCAUUGAUGAGCGCGAUGAAGAGCUGGAGGAACUGCGAGAAAAUGGCAAGGAGAGUGAUGCCGCCGCAGAGCUUCAAGCUGAGCUUGACCGUGCCAAGGAGCAAAUCGAAGAGCUUCAGGAUAGUCUUGAAAAGGCCAAGUCGGAUUCUCAAGAAGCAAACGAGUCUGCCAGGCAAGCUAUUGAUGAAAAGGACCGUGCCGAGGAGGAUCUUCGAGAGUUACAGGAUGAAAUGUCGAAUAAAUCUGUCAUGACAAAGGGCUUUAGUCGACAGUUGGAGGAGAGAGCUGAAAAGCUCGAGGAAGAAGUGCAAAGCCUACGUCAAGAGAAUGAAAAUCUCGCCACCGAAGUCGAAAGAAAAACCCAAUCAGUCUCUCGACUAGAGCAGCGAUACGAAGACAUCCAACAAGACCUGAAGAAUAACGCCGGGAAGCUAGGCGAAGAUCUGGAAUCGGCAAGACGCGACCGGGAUUUGGCCCAACAACAACUUGAAAGAUCAUCCGCUUAUCUGCAGGAGGCUCGGGAGGAGAUCCAACGCCGAGAUGAGGAGAAGGAGCUGCUGCAGACUCGUCACCAUGCUUUGACUGACGAGUCUGGGGGUUUACAGAGUGAGCUUGCUCGGGCACAGUCAAGGAUCCGCGAGCUUCAAUCGGCCGUUGAAGAAGCAACAAACCGGGCCCAGGACACUCAAAAUGUCCGCUGGCAGCAAAAAGUGGAAGUCGAUCGAUUACAAGAUGAGAUCGAAGCCCUUCAGCACGAGAUCGAGGAUAAAGAAGGCCACUUUGCCCUCGAACAGGAUAGGUGGGAGAGCACGAAACGCACCUUGCAGUCACAGAAAGACCGUGCCGAAGAACAGGCGAUGGGCUAUAAGCGGACAGUCGAAAGGCUUCAAGAAACCGAGCACACUCUUUCUGGAAAGGAGUACAAGCUUCAAGAAGCCAUCGACAGCGAAAAACAGCGCCAUACCCAAGAAGAAGCCGUUCUAAGUCGCCAAAUCAAGGACCUCGAUAACGAUCUCUCUCAGAAGAGGCGUAUCAUCGAUGAACAGCGCAACGACCUCUUGACCGUGAGAGAAGAGCUCCGUAUCUCACGCCGCGAGGAGCAGUCUUUCAAGGACAAACUGCAGGCACUCGAGGAUGAAGUCGUGGUACUGCAGUCGAGCUUGGCAGAUGAACAAGAAUACGCCAAGGGUCGACUCCAGAAGGGCUCUUCAGAUGUGGAGAACCAAUUGCAGAAAGCAAUUGCAGACAGACAGACUCUUCGAGACCAACUUGCCAAUGCUCAUGUCGAAAUGCACGAUCUUCGGGCCACUGUGACUGAAAUUGAGGCCGAGCGUAACGAACUACAUGCCCAGCUCGAUCAACCUCAGAAUGCCGAUGAUACCACUCGCUUCGAUCGUGAAAAACUCGAACUCCGAAGGGCUUCAACACGACUUGAAAAUGAGUUGAAACGGUUAAGAGACGAUAAAUCAUCCCUUCUCGAGGCCAAGGAUACCCUUGAGAAGCAACUUGGCUCCGAGAUCGAACGUGCCGCGGCAGAUGAGGGUCGCCUUUCAGCUGAAAUUGACCGUCUUCAGGAUAAGCUUCUUGCAGGCUCUGGAAACCGAGACCGAGAAUUGACGACGGCCAAGACAAAAGUGCAGCGACUCGAAAGACGUAUCUCAGAACUCGAAACCAUCAUUGAAAACCAACCUCCAAUGGAGAUCGAGCCAUCAACGGCCCAUGGGGACAUAUCCCUUCUUCGACACGGCCUUGAAGAGGCUCGUCUGCGAGAAAAGAAUCUUUUGCAACGGGAAGCUGACCAGAAAGCAUCUGUGCGCACCUUGAAGUCCCGGGUGGCUGAUCUGGAGAGGGAUCUCCAUGGUGCCCUCAUGAACAAAUAUGAGUCGCCCUCCCUACAAAAUUCACCUUCCAACAAGCUUCACGAGGAGCUACGAAGCCUGCGUAAACAGCUUUCAGACGCUCACAGGUCUCUCAAGGAGACCAAGUCCAAGAACCGGGAUCUUGAGCGUGCUGCCAUGAAGGAGGAAGACCAGAAGGAUUUGCACGAGUUGCUGAAGUCAUCAACCCUCGAAGCCGAAUCCCUGGCAUUGAAGGUCUCUGAGCGCGAUUCUCGAUUGAACGAGCUGAAAACCCAAACCAAGGACUUGGAAGCACUUCAGCAAAGUUACGAUGAAGCUUUGGAGAAGGUCUGUCUUGGAAAAUCGACCAACAAAACCAAGCACGAGAAGGAAAUGCGUGGACUGGGUAAAGAAAUUGUCUGGCUUCGUGCUCGACUGCACCGAGAGGAGAAGUUCCGUCGUGAUUUGGCUUGGAGUAAGGGACUAAUGGAGCUCGGCGAGCGUGUCCGUGUAGCAUGCAACGAAGCCGAUCUUCGCCUGAUUUCCGAGAUGGGCGUCCAAGCUCGCGACCGCACUUCCACGCGUACGCCUCGCAGCAAAUUCCGAUCUGCUAUCUCCAUGGUCGUGGCUGCUGUUCGCAUGCAGCGGAUGGGCCAGGAGUGGCGGCGAACGAAGAAGAUUGGCGAAGGCUUGAAGCGGGCCAAGAGCGAGAUGCUGAAGCGUCGCGAGAGUUCGAAUCGAAGUCUGCUCGGCCAGUAG